UAUUUCCUUCCUAAAUCUACUUGGGGCUUUUCAGCUAUCAGAUGAUAUGUCAUAGCCCCCAAGUUGCCUGAUUUUCUUUACUCAUUUCUUCUUUUUGUUUUCCAUCAAUUAAGAAAAAAAAUAGAAUCUCCCCCUUUAUUAGAUUAUAAGUUAAAGCCCCCAAAAGAAUGCUUGGUUGUCUCUUUCAAAGCGUCAAAAGCUACUCAAAAAUUGCCUUUUCAUGACCCUUAAAGCUCGAGAAUUAAAGGCCCCUUUUUGACGCAUGCAAUUACAUAUAUAUACUCUCUGAAAUCUACAUUUUUUAGAGAAGAAGUCUGCACCUUUAACUGCCUCUAGGGUAUCCCUCAUCUUCUUGAAAGUAAAGGGGAUGGCUCUUGUGAGUAGAAUUCCUUCAAUUUCUUCUACUUCUACAACAACCCAAUUCAGAAAAAUCAAAUCUUUUGGGAUUAAUCCUGUUUGUUCCGUCAACUAUGCAUCACAUUCAUCAUCUUCUUCCCCUUUUACUGAGAAGCAUUCAAUUGAGAGGUACCAAAGGGACAGUUGGAUUUACAAGAAUGAAUUGGAGCAGUCUGCUUCUUGCCCAAUUCUACCUGAUCCUAGCUAUGUUAGGGAGUAUGACAUAGCUUUGCAGUUGCCUGAGCUGAAGAAAAUGCUUCAGGUUUUGAGGGAGAAGAGAGAAGGAGGAGGAGGGGGUGAUAGAAGAGGGCCUGGGAAUGUGUUCUUGGUGGGUACUGGACCAGGUGACCCUGAGUUGUUGACUGUUAAGGCUUUGAGAGUUAUUCAGAAUGCUGAUCUUUUGCUGUAUGAUAGAUUGGUUUCUAAUGAAGUUUUGGAUUUGGUUGGUCCUCAUGCUAGACUUCUUUAUGUUGGUAAAACUGCUGGUUAUCAUAGCAGAACUCAGGAAGAAAUUCAUGAGUUGCUUCUGAGUUUUGCUGAAGCUGGGGCAAAUGUUGUGAGACUAAAAGGCGGUGAUCCGUUGGUAUUUGGACGGGGUGGAGAAGAGAUGGAUUUUCUUCAACAAAAGGGAAUUCAAGUUAAAGUUAUUCCAGGUAUUACUGCAGCAUCUGGGAUAUCAGCAGAGUUGGGAAUUCCAUUAACCCAUCGUGGUGUUGCAAAUAGUGUUAGAUUUCUCACUGGACACUCGAGGAAAGGAGGAACAGACCCACUUUUUGUUGCAGAAAAUGCAGCUGACCCCGACUCUACAUUAGUAGUUUAUAUGGGCCUGUCAACUCUUCCUUCCCUGGCCUCAAAGCUCAUACAUCACGGGUUGCCAGCUGAUACACCAGCUGUUGCCGUUGAGCGAGGAACAACACCUCAACAACGCAUGGUAUUCGCAGAACUGAAGAAUCUUGCUGAAGACAUCGUCUCACACAAGCUAGAGUCACCAACCUUGAUUAUCAUUGGGAAGGUUGUAGCUCUUUCGCCGUUAUGGCCGCAUUCAGCCGAAGAGUCUCCUGUCUUGGUUGAAACGACAUCUUCAACCAACACAUUGUUAUAGGGCAGCCUCGCUGAAUGGAAUGAUCAUUUGUGAUCCCAAAACGUCAUCUCUUUCUUGCAGCCAAGCUGGACACUGUUGCAUGCUAAAUGAUUUACACCUUACCGAUGCUCUUUCAGAUUGCGCAGUGAAGUCCAUACACUGGAGGGGGUCUCAUUUCAUGGUAAUAUGCGCAUAUUUGGAGGAGAAUCUCCAUCCAGCAUGCACCGAACGGGACAGAUUUUUACUCUCAUUCCAAUAACUUGGCAACUCUGGCUCUAUUUUCAAGAGCCAAUAAGUGACACUAAGCUCUUGACAGUAUCAGAUUCUUUUAGCAAAGACCAAUCCAUAAGCAUUUAUCAAGAGGCAUGAUACGUCCAUCGAAUAACUGAUAAUUUUCUAAAAUGAGUAUAUUAAUGGUGAUGGGUUUUCUUAAUGAUGUACUUUUAGAAUUUGCCUAUUUCUGUGCCAUUGAUUGCAUCUCUUAUCCUCUUGUUGUUGAGCAACAGCCUUUUAAUUCUUUAUUUGGUAGUGUUCUUGACC